AUGAACAAGUACCAAUCAGCUGGCGUUGAAGAAGAAAGAAAACUUCUCCAAAGUAGUGAGCUGCAAGUGUCAGGGAACAUGUCUGGACGUGCUGCUUCUUCAGAUGACAGUGAUGAUUCCGGAUUAAUUCAGCAGAGACUGAGUAGAAAUCUUGAUAACAAGCAAUUUCGUAUUAAGAAACCUGAACAAUCUUCCCAGAAGCAGUUAAGAAAAGAACAGUGUCAAAAAGAAGUUGAUGUGAAACUACGACUUGCACUGACAUGCAAAACAUUAAGAAUGGAUUUGAAGACUUCAAAAAAUAAUUUGAACCAGGAAAGCACACUAGCGCAGUCUGGAAGUAGUGCAAUGGUUUUGCCUGCAUUCCACAGUGAUCAACAAGAGCAUACAAAUGACAAGCUAUCUGAUGUCGGGGAGCAAAAAGGAAAAUCUACUGAGGCAAUAUUCACCUUAAGAUCAGAAGAUAAAACUGCAGCGUCAACUUCAGAUUCUCAGAAUCCCUUACUGGACCAAUAUCACUUCAUUCGGUAUGUGGAAUCUCGGGCCCCACCUCUGCAGUCAGAAUCUACAAGAUCGCCAAGGUUCCUCAAAGCCAGAGAUAAAUAUCAAGAAGCUGUGCAAAAUACUGAGAUGUCACAAGAUCAUCUGGAAAGUUAUAGGCUUGAAUGUGCAAAUUCUGACCUGAAAAAUACAAUAAAAAGGCAAGCAAUCUUAACUGAAGAGCUUCGGAAAAUCCUGAUUUCAACACAAGGUUUGGUGCAAAUGUCAUCUCAAGGGAGUUCAGAGUUCUUAAGAGAUAAUGAUAAUACUUCAUUAAGGAGUCGUGUGGGUCCAGAAAUCAAAAAGGUGGAAUCAGGGCUGUUUGAAAUUUCAGAACCAAAGGAAGAAUUCUUUAUCAAAUUGGAGAAGUAUAAUCAACUCCACAGAAAAGAAGUCGAAGUUGGAGAAACCUUUGCAAAUAAAGCAUAUGAGUAA